AUGAUGGAGAAAGCCAUGCUGAGCAGGACUCUGUGUAGGACGCUACUCCAGGAGAACACUCUGGCCCAGGCUCAUGGACGUGUGUUCACCGUGUGGGUAGGCCUCACACCUGUCGUGGUGCUGAGCGGCUUUCAGGCGGUGAAGGAAGCGUUGGUCGCCAACUCAGAGCAGCUCUCUGGCAGGCCCCUCAGCCCACUCUUUUGGGACCUGUUUGGAGAAAGAGGGGUCAUCUGCAGCAACGGGCAUACGUGGCGGCAACAGAGACGCUUCUGCGUGGUGACGCUCCGAGAGCUGGGCCUAGGUAAGCUGGCGCUGGAGGUGCAGCUGCAGGAAGAGGCAGCAGAGCUGGCUGAAGCCUUCCGCCAGGAGCAGGGUAAGCAGUGGGCUGGGGCAGGGGGGAAGACCUGAUCCCCCACCUCACG